CCUCCCGGCGGCGGCGCGCGGGGUUCCUCCAGCCCGCGGCCUGCGGGGAAGAACCUGGCUCGCGAGGGCCUCCAGGGACCAGCCAGGCGUGGGUGGACACGGGGCUGCCAACACCGUACUGCCCCUUGCCUGUCUGUGGCUUGUGGGCUUUGGCUGAGAGUAGCCCCCACGAUUUGCUCCUGGAGCCUCAGCGCCAAGGUUUUCUGCCUCCAGCUGCUCUGGUUCCGAUGGUAGCCUCCAGGCCGCUGUGGAGCCCCAGGCAGGGCCGUGGGAAACAGGACUGGGAGGUGGUGUGAUUCAGUCCAGCAGGGUCUGUCUGACUUCCUGUGGCCUCUGUCCCCUCUCGGGGUCUGCCYCUGUGACCGUUGCCCCCGGUGAUGCGGCAUGGAAGGAUUGGAACCAGAUGGCCUUGGCCUCACACCAAUUUGGCCCUCCAGGUACAGCCACCAUGGGUGACCCCCAGAGGUCCAUGCGGAUCCUAGUGACAGGGGGCUCUGGACUGGUGGGCAGAGCCAUCCAGAAGGUGGUGGAAGAUGGGGCUGGCCUUCCUGGAGAGGAAUGGGUGUUUGUCUCCUCCAAAGAUGCUGACCUCACGGACACAGCACAGACCCAAGCCCUGUUCCAGAGGGUCCAGCCCACUCAUGUCAUCCACCUUGCUGCAAUGGUAGGGGGCCUGUUCCGGAAUAUCAAAUACAAUUUGGACUUCUGGAGGAGGAAUGUGCACAUCAACGACAAUGUCCUGCAUUCUGCCUUCGAGGUGGGCGUCUGCAAGGUGGUCUCCUGCCUGUCCACCUGUAUCUUCCCUGACAAGACCACCUACCCUAUUGAUGAGACCAUGAUCCACAACGGGCCACCCCACAACAGCAAUUUUGGGUACUCCUAUGCCAAGAGGAUGAUUGACGUGCAGAACAGGGCCUAUUUUCAGCAGCAUGGCUGCACAUUCACCGCUGUCAUCCCCACCAACGUCUUUGGGCCCCACGACAACUUCAACAUUGAAGAUGGCCAUGUGCUGCCCGGCCUUAUCCACAAGGUGCACCUGGCGAAGAGCAGUGGCUCUGCCCUGACAGUGUGGGGUACAGGGAAACCACGGAGGCAGUUCAUCUACUCGCUGGACUUGGCCCGGCUCUUCAUCUGGGUCCUACGGGAGUACAGUGAGGUGGAGCCCAUCAUCCUCUCAGUGGGCGAGGAAGAUGAGGUCUCCAUCAAGGAGGCAGCUGAGGCUGUGAUGGAGGCCAUGGGCUUCCACGGGGAAGUCACCUAUGAUACCACCAAGUCAGACGGGCAGUUUAAGAAGACAGCCAGCAACAGCAAGCUUCGGGGCUACCUACCUGACUUCCGGUUCACACCUUUCAAGCAGGCUGUAAAGGAGACCUGUGCCUGGUUCACUGACAACUAUGAGCAGGCCCGGAAGUAAAGCUGUGCAGACGAGCAGGCACUCAGCUGGCAAAGCCCAGCGCCCCCCACCUUCAGACCUUGCCAGGAACCAAGGACGCUGCUCAGCAACCCGGGCCACGUCCCACUGCCUCGGCCAGGGGUUCCAGGCAGUUGUCCAGCGGGGACCCAUUUGUGCUCAUCCUCAGGGAAAUCAAGGCCCGGCCCAGCACCUCACCCCGCACCGCCCUGUUCUCAGUGCACUCUGGGCCCGCUGUGCUUUGUCUGGGAGCCAAUAAAGUACGUUUCCACAGA